ACAUGUUGGUUUUUGGUGUUUUCUUAAAAGCAAACAAAAGAGGGAAAAAUCACACCUCAGAUCUCCAUUAGAAGAAAACACACACUCUCUUCUCUUCUUCUCUUCUCUUCUCAUCAUCAUAUAUAAAUUUUUUUUUUCUCUUCCAAAGGUCUUUUGUUCAGAUUCAAAGUCUUCAAAACUUUGGUUUUUACUGUCUUUUGGCAGAACCCUAACAAUUAGUCUCUUCCUCUCUUUUCCUUUGUCAACAGAUCAUCAUCAUCAUCAUUUUAACACAACCAAAAUCCCUUCCCUCAAGUUUUUUUAGUUGUUUGUUUGCAGAUUAAGAAAAAUUUAAAAAUCCCUUGGUCUUUUCUUGUUUGUUCUUGUCUAAACCAUCUUCAAUCACCUCCAAAAUAAGAACCCAAAAACCAAAAAAUUAUGUCAACUAAUCCCUUUUCUCUUCUCUCUUCUACUACAACUGCCUUUGCUCAUCAGCACGACGAUGCCAACCCUAACCCUAACCCUAAACCGAAACCCUCCGCUGCUACAAAGAAGAAGAGAAACCUCCCUGGAACCCCAGAUCCCGAUGCGGAAGUUAUUGCUUUGUCGCCGAAAUCGCUCAUGGCAACGAAUAGAUUCAUAUGUGAAAUUUGUAACAAGGGUUUUCAGAGAGACCAGAAUCUGCAACUUCAUCGACGAGGGCAUAACUUACCAUGGAAGUUGCGACAACGAACAAACAAGGAGCCGAUCAAGAAGAAGGUGUAUAUUUGUCCAGAGAAGACCUGCGUACACCACGAUCCGUCGCGAGCCCUCGGCGACCUCACCGGAAUAAAGAAGCAUUUCAGCCGGAAACACGGCGAGAAGAAGUGGAAAUGUGACAAGUGUUCUAAGAAAUAUGCAGUUCAAUCUGAUUGGAAAGCUCACUCCAAAACUUGUGGGACUAGAGAAUAUAAGUGUGAUUGUGGAACCCUUUUUUCCAGGAAAGAUAGCUUCAUAACCCACAGAGCAUUUUGUGAUGCUUUAGCUGAAGAAAGUGCAAGAAUCACAACAGUUUCAGCUACAAAUAUUCUCAAUAAUCUUAGAAAUGAUUCAAAUAUUCUUCUUCACCAACAAGAUCAAUCUUUGAUUGAUCAUCAUACCAAUAAUACUCUUCAAUCUCUUGGAGAUAUUUCUGGGCUUUCCCAAUUCAAUCAUUCAGAUCAUUUCUUGAGAGAUUUUGAAGAUCAUCAACACAAGAACAGAUCUCCAUUAUCACUUUGGUUGAACCAAGCUUCAGCUGAAACUGCAAUGAACAAUCACAACAAUAACAAUAAUAAUAUUUCCAACCUUUUUGGAGCUUCUUCUUCUUCUUCCAAUCUUUUCGGAUCCAUAACCGAAAACGGGCUUUCGAUGUUGCCAGUAAUCGAGAAGGAAGAUGUUGAGAAUAAGGGAGGUAAUAAUUUGUCGAAAGCUACAUCAUCGUCGGCAGCGGCACUGUUGUCGGGUCAGUCUUCUCAGUCUGUUGUUUCGUCUUCUCCGAUGUCGGCCACCGCCCUUCUGCAAAAGGCUGCUCUUAUGGGCUCAACUAGAAGCAACAACAAUAAUAAUUCCCCGCUCUUCGGUGCGGGUGCUUUUGGAGUAAUGAGCUCUUCAUCGUCGUCAUCAUCGUCUUCCAAUGCAGUAAGCUUGAACUCUCUUAAUAAAUCUAGAAGCUUGACAAUGGCUGACUCGGUUCAGAUGAUCGGUACCAACUCCGACUUAAGCUCGAAUUGUCUCAGCCAGCUUCUAAUACCACAGAACGGUAACAACGUUAUGAUUAGAAGUAGCGGUCAAACGAGGGACUUCCUCGGAGUUGGAGGAGGAGAAGCACCCCGACCGCCAUUCCUUCCGCCGGAGCUAGCAAAAUUUGCCACCAUAAACUCAACAGUGGGAUUAAGCCAAUUCGCCGCCAACCACUAAAAUCCCAUCAUCAAAGCCAUCAAACUUAAUCAAAUCGGAAGGGCGGCGGAAACGGUCAGAAGGGGCCGACGGCGGGGGCCACCGGUGGAUGUUUAAAGUUUGACAGUUCCAAAAAGCAGUAAAAAUGGCCAUGCAUGUAAAACCUUUUUUUCUUUUUCUUCUUUUGCCUUUUGUUAUUUUCUAUGUUGUCGUUUGAACUUUUAAAAUUUUUCUUUUUCCUUUCUUUUUGUAAUUUCGCUUUCAAAUUAUUGCAUUUGCCAGAGAAAACUAUUUCUAUAUAUAAAUAAAUAUAAAUAUAUAUAUGACUACUGGUCAAAUUAAUCU